UUCUUGUCUUUGACAGUUGGGAAGCAUCUUCUUGUGGCUUACUGGGGACAGAACAGUGCAGGGAUGAAGUACCCCGAGAACCCCGAGAAAACCCUCAAAGAUGUCUGUCAAAAAAUGAAAUACGACAUUAUUGUCAUUGGUUUUGUGGUGACAUUUUUUGGAGCAAGCAAUAAAGGUGAGGUUAGAACACUCGCCACGACCAUUUCGCCAUGAAUAUAACCGCUCACUCGCCACCAUUUCGCUAUGAAUGUAACCUUCUUAGUAAUAUAACCGCUGCGCAAAAAAAUUGCUGUUAAUGUGAGCCCUCCGCGAGUUUACCAUCCUGUAAAUGCGUCCAGCCUUUUGAUGCUUUAAGGUACAGAAAAACCUCAUUGAUGAAGGCACCAGUCCCUACGCAGCUGCCUAACUAAUGAAAACAAUACUUUAAUUUAAUCACCUAAUUAUUCCAAUUAUUGUUUGGUUAACACAAGCACGUUAAAAGACACAAUACAGUAAUACAGUAGUCACAUCGUUCAAUUCGACCAUCGACAUUACGCCACUAUCAAGAGAGAAUGAUGAAAAAUACCUUCAUUGUUUCUUUCCACUUCUCGCCAUUCGAGGAACUGGCUGACAACUUUGUUACAUUUAGGAAGUGUCUCUAUGAUUCGUUGCUAAUUGAAAUUGUAUCAUAGUAUGUAUUCUUGGUCAUUCUUGUAAUUUAGCUGAACCACAAGCUACACUAAGAGUAAAUAUAUUAUUAUCAUUAUCAUUAUCGUUUUCAUUAUCAUUAGUAUCUCUAUCAUUGUUGUUUUUCUUAUUAUUCUACUUUGUUAACUCUGAUGAAGCAAGCACCUCCUUAAUGCAGCUUGGGAUUUUUUCUUUUACGUAUUUUAAUACCCUUAAAUUCGAUACCAUUAUUCACCAAACCCUUUUUCUAAGCAGAUCAGAUGCCAGAAGUUAAUUUUGCAAACCACUGCUGGAAUCCUGUCUCGCCUGAAUACCCAAAUCUUUAUAAGUGCCCCAAAAUUGAGGAAGGUAUCAAAUUCUGUCAAAAUGCUGGAAAGAAACUUCUAAUCUCGCUUGGAGGUGCAACUGGUAACAAUGAUCUUGACGAUCAGAAAGCUGACAUCCUUGCUCAAAAUUUGUGGGAUUUGUUCCUUGGAGGCAAAGGCAAACAGAAUAUUAGACCGUUUGGAAGGUAAUGAUAUUGUAUGGUCUAACAACUAACGUGGAAUAAAAUGACGCUUUAGGUCACAAUAGAGACUUCAGAAUCAAUGCACUUAAUGUACUUUUUUAAAACAAACUUUUAUUGGAACAGCUAAUUUAUAUCAGACCCAAAACCUGAAAAAAAGCAUUUCACAACCGCUUUAGUUUUUUAAGUAAAAAUGAAAAUCGUGGCCAUCCCAUUCAAUAUAUGAUUGAACCACCGACAGAUUUUUACAAAGAUCGACUUUAGGAUGAAUGCGUCUUGUGGUAACCUCAGACAUCUCAGUCUGUGGACAUUAGAAGCUAUAUUUGGAAACAAACUUACAUACUUUCUGGCCGUAUGUCUUUUUUCCUUCAAAGUGCUAUUCUUGACGGGGUAGAUCUUGACAUUGAGGAUCACAAAUUUGGAGGCUACGCCCAGCUCGUUAAAAAGCUCCGAGAGCUAGAAAAGGGAGCAGGUACCAGGAAGUACCUCAUCACAGGGGCCCCACAGUGUCCUUACCCUGAUGCGUCGUUGGGCCCCAAACCUGAUACGGCGUUAGGCGACCAAGGAUCACAGUUUGAUCAUGUUUAUGUGCAGUUCUACAACAACUACUGCCACACAGGCGACCCUGCUCAGUUCGAUCCUAAUGUGAAACAAUGGCUCCAAUUUGCGGCUGGUGCAAAGCAGGCACAUGAUUGGCUGAUGGUGCUAAAGAGAGCUACUGGAACAGGUCCAAAGAUAUUCGUGGGAAUGCCAGCGGCUACCGGAGGUGCGGGAGAUCCAAAGUACUACAGACAACCCGAGGAAGUCGAAAAAAUAUAUGAAGUAAGAACUUAUGUUACCAUCGUAUCUUGAAGUUCUGACCAGACAAUUAUUCUCGUCACAUUUGGUGUGUACGCUGCUGAAUUUACUGAAUUACGGUAGUCCUUUUGAAAGGCUAACUGUGCGACGAUUAAUUGCUGUAAAUUGUUACCAAAUUGGCAUUGCAAUAGUGCACUGAUAUAGUAUGGCAACACUAUGAGAAAACUAGGUGGUAAAAAACCAGGAUUGUGAAAAACUAAGAAUAUGGCACGGGCGGAAGAGAGACAAACCAAUAAGCUAUAGACUUGCAAGCUUUUUUUCGUUUCUUUGUUUCAAUUUUAAUGUCAAAGACUCAAUGUAUGGUUACAAAACAAAACAUUACAACUGUAAGUGAUUCGAAAUUGAUACGCACACUGUUUCCAUACACGAUAUUUCUUAUGCACCAGGAGCGUGAGGUUUUAAAGGUGUAUGCACGAAAAGAAAGAUUAGAUCUUCGAAGGUCCCCCAGAAAAGAAUUCAAAUUUAGGGGCUCAGAAAUGCCAUUUCCUGCUUUUUCCGCAGGACACUUUCAGUAAAUAAAUAUGAAGAAAAAGACAAUAUUUAGUUGUUUAUUUAAGAUCUCUAGUGUUUAUCGGUAAGGUACAGUGUUUACAGAAAAAAAGGACAAAACAAUGACGCCCUCAAGGUUACAAGCAAUGCAGAGGGUGAGACGGCUACCCUUAGACGGGCAAAUACACCAAAAUAACGCGAAAGAUUUAUCAUUCAUUCCUAUUUAAUGAUAAAAAUUCUUUCAGGAAAUAAGAAAUAUAUAUUCAACCGUACGUACGUGCGUAUAUGGACGCUACACUCUUGUGCACUAUUACUAUAAUUAUCUUAAGAUUACCGACAACAUAACAAGUUACCGGUAUACAUGAAAUCUUACAAACGAAUUAGUAAAAAGGGAACAGACCUGGCUAGCUUGGCUCAUCUACUUAACUGUGGUCUACCGACAAAGAAAAAGACGAACGGCUGGAUAAUUUUGAUGGAAAAAGGAGAAACAUUUGUAUAAAAAACAAUAAGCUAGAGGUUUAUUAGGUACAAAUCAACUAAAUUUAACCAUGGAAAAGAUUCCAUUUGUUAGUAAAGGCGGUCAAGAAUUACAGUGAGGAGCUACUUGUUUCUCGAUUUGAAUGAAAAGAGGGACAUAGAAGGGGACAGCCCCAUCAUAUAAAAUCUGUAAGAGCCGCACCGCUCUAUAACAUUAAUAUCAUUCCAAAAAAAACCUUUGUCGUGGAACAGCUCAGAAAUAGAUGAGUAACAGCCUCUAUUUCCCGUUAACAAAAACUGCAUCAAUCAGAUUGCACAAGUUGAAUUUUUUUGUAAAAAAUCGUUGGUUCCGAUGUAGGAACUUAAAAUGGAAUGUUCUUAAUUUGGUAGAUGCCUUACAGUUAAUUAUUUAAAUGCGACUGUGUAUGCUUUUUUCCAGUCUAUGUCACUGACAUUCUCAACUUGAAUUUACCUAAGCAAUUUUCCUUGAAUUGCAACGGGUGGAGAGGUUGUAUCUUCCAGGCCGGUAUAAGUUCAGUUAAACUUGCUCCCUUUGUAGAAUGCACUUCCUACAUCGGUUUAGUUUGUAGGAUUUUACAGCUGCGAUAGAACCGAAAAAAUUCUAAAAAUUCUGAAAAUUCGACCUCAUCUCAUCAUGCCCAAGAGGUUACCAUUUUCAUCUAAUGAAUGAGAAAUUCUGCAUUGCUUAUCUUGCAAACCCUGGUGAAACCAUUCUGGUUUUCGAAACAGCGAGUCGCGGGAGGACUGAAUGCAAUUCUGUUGGCAACUUUGAGCAUGAUUUGGGAAAAACUUAUUCCCCUGUAGUCGUUAACUCGGCAAAGAUUACCACCCUUCGGUAUGCAAACCAGAUAAUUUUAGGCCAACCUGGAUUUUUCACGGUAGUCACAAGUUCAAAUCCGCGAUCACGCUUGUAAAUAGCCAACUGGAUUGCCUCCGGCCAGUUGGCAUGCUCAACCCUGUUAUAUGGUUAUUCUAGUUAUUUCUUUUGGAGGAUUUCUGGGGGGGGGGGGGGGGGCAUUAUCGUGAGUGACGAUCCUUGUAGGGGGAUGUGGGGGUAUCUUCCCCGAGAAAAUUUUCAAAUUUGGAGGCUACGAAACUCUAUUUUCAGCACCUGUCAUGAGAUAUGUCUCCGAAAAAUCGACCUCGAAUAUCAAAAUGGCAAAUAAUUGCAAAUAAUCAAAAUAACUGAGUCUAAACAAAACAAAUCCAUCCAAAGACUUGAUGCGUCUGGCUCGACAGGUCCGGGGGGGCAGCUGCCCCCCUUGGCCCUCAGCUAGCUACGGCUCUGUCUUUGUGUUGGUUAAGACACAAAGAAAUUACUCAUUGCUUAAGUUUUCCGUUUUUCAAAGCGUUUGUCGCUCAAUCGCUUGUAGACACUUUAAUCCACAAAAGUCUUAAGAAUUUUGCAAAAUUGUUCCUUUUAAAAAGAAACUGAAGAACGAGCCGAAUUUUGGUGGAUUCAUGCUGUGGGAUACUUCCUGGGACCAGCAAAACGUCAUCAAUGGCAAGAUGUACAGUGACCAUAUCGCAGACAUUCUAAACAGAGGUGCAUCUCCAACACCCGGAGUUUCUUCCACAACAACGCCUAGUGUAACAUCUCCAGGGACAUCCCCUUCCUCAGAGGCUUCAACCACAGCCACACCAACCACAGGGGGAGGAGGAGGGACACCUCAAGAGACGUCUCCAACCUCGGGGGUUUCAACUACAGCGACACCAGCAACAGAGGGAGGAGGAGAAGGUGAUACAAGCAAUGUAGAUUUCUUCUUAAAGCCAUAUUUGCACUGGGAUAGGAAUUUUAUCUUUGAGUAACCCAGUAAACGGAAAAGCUUAGGAGUAUUCCAAUGUGAAAUAUAAAAGAUGCAGUGUAUCUUUAAGCGGCCAUGUAGUAUAGUUAAAUUUAUGUUCCAAGUUUCAAAAAUUUAUUCAAAACAUUUACCGAAUAAAUUAAUGCAGUUGUUCUCAACAAACAUUACAAUAUGCUUCA